CAGCCAUGAACUCGACAUGCUCAAACACGAAAACAUGUGUUUUUCACACGUCGACUUUCUCCUGAUUUUCUGUUCCCACAGUAAAUCGCUACAUUUAAAUAUCUCUCCAUUUAAAUGGCUUCCCGCCACAGGAAAAUUGACCGAAAAGAAAUUGACCACGAUGGUAACACUAACUUAGAAAAUAAAAGUAACAAAACUAGAAAACAAGGUUCGAAAAAUAAGGAAAAAUCAGAAAAGACAUUUAAACCAUUUAAACCAAUUAUAACCGCAGUGGUAGUAAUAUCCGGAAUUGUUUUGUUAUUCGUGAUUGCCCUUAAGUCUUACAAAUACUAUGAGGACAACUCCACUCGGACACCUUUGAGUGCUAAAAUACGAGAAUUUAGUGAAGUGAUAUCUAGUCUGGUGGAGCUGGCGGAAACGCAGGACUUAGAUAGAUGCCGACUCUCAAAUUUUAUCCCUCUGUAUCAAUACCUCCGACCUGACGAGAACAGACCGUCAUACCUUAACCAAAACCUUUCACUCCCUAUUGUCCAACUAUACGCACAACUCAGACUUAACCGUUUCAGCGUUAAACUUGGGCCCCACUACAUCAAGCUUGAAACAAGAUGUCCACUUUGCACGUCUCACGCCCCCAACAAUGUACAACAUGUUUGAUUGUAGACCCCUCAACACCGAACGCCAAACACUUCUAAAAAACUACAUCACCGAUGAACCCUGUUGCUCCCAGGAAAAACUAGUCAACAUUCUCACCAUCACACCUGAUGACCCCAAUAAGUACUUUUCAACUAUAUUUCUAUUUUGGAAUAAUGUUGCUAAAUACCUCGAUCUAUGCACUGACUAUUUAUAGAAUUUUCUCUCAUUUUGAGUUAUAAUAAUCUCUAUAUAUUUGUAAAUAACAAAAUGAUUGUGAUUUGCAAGGGCUAAUGGCCAUUUAUGCAAUAAAGACAUACAUACAUAUUGAAUA